AAGCCACCACCUAACACUCCAUUCCCCUCUGCUCUCUCUCUUUCUAUGUCAUGAGUCGUCCGUACAACGCCACCUCCCGGCGGUUCCCUCAACCGCCGGGCAACAUGUCCGGUCACCGGCCUUCUCCUCACCAUUACCAACAACAAAAACCCAACCCCUUCUACAGAAACCCCAUCAACCACUACGGCGCCGGAAGCUACCAGUCUCCCCGGCGCGACCUCCCUAGUAUAACCCCAACCACCCGCCUCCCUUCGAACUUCGUGAUCAGCCUUCUACCCGACGGGACCGACCCGAAUUCCCGCAAAAUUGCUGACGUUAACGCUCUAAUUUCGGAAUGCGCAGCUCCCAGUUGCAGGCGCACAGUCUUCUCCACCGGCGCCGUCACUGCUUCAAUUCACAUCAGCGCCUGGGCCCAGGCGCGUUCUUGCAUGGCCAAGCUUUGGGAGCGCCGGCUGAGCGGCGAUCACUGCUUUACCCCGGACCUCCGCAGCCGAAUGAUGGUUCCUUCCGACUCCGAGGAGCUGCGGCGGGACCUCGGAGCGGUGUUCGCUGAUUAUGUUAGGAGCUUGGUCACCGGAGAGGAGGUAGGAAAGUUGGAAUCGGAGGUGGAGAGCAAGCUCGGUGAAAUUGAGGAGGUUUCUCGGCAGUUGAAGGCGAAGAAGGGGGUUCGGUUCGAUGUUUACACCGAGCUGAGUAACAAGAAGAAGGUACUGGUCUCGGAAUUGGAAGUGACGGAGAAGAGACUGAAGGAGUUUAUGGCGGCGAUGAGGUGCAUUUUGAAGUAUAUUGAUGGAGGGAAGCUGGAGGGCACAGCGGCGGAGGCAGAAGGAGUAGAUAUAGAGCCCUUUUUGCUGCAAGGAGAAGUUGAUUGGGUGAAAAUUCACCGGCUUAUUCUCAGGGAAAUUCAUAGGCUGCAGGAUGGACUCCCGAUUUAUGCUCACCGGAGGGAAAUUCUGGCCAGAAUUAGGGAUUCCCAGCAGAUCAUGGUUUUGAUUGGUGAGACUGGCUCUGGAAAAAGCACUCAGUUGGUCCAGUUCCUUGCUGAUUCUGGUAUAGGAUCAAGUCAGACUGUUAUAUGUACACAGCCGAGAAAGAUUGCAGCCAUUUCAAUUGCUGACAGGGUGAAAGGAGAAUGUCAUGGCUGCUAUAAAGACAGUAAUAAUUCUGUUCUUGCUUAUCCAACCUUUUCCUCCAACCAACAGUUUAGUUCAAAAAUUAUAUAUGCAACAGACCAUUGCUUGCUGCAGCACUUUAUGAAUGACAGGAAUUUGCCUGGGAUUUCUUGCAUUGUCAUUGAUGAGGCUCAUGAAAGAAGUUUGAGCACUGAUUUACUCUUGGCUUUAAUCAAAAGCUUACUGCUUGAUCAGACAAGAGACUUGAGGCUUGUAAUCAUGUCUGCAACAGCUGAUGCAGACCAGCUAUCGGAUUACUUUUUUGGCUGUGAUGUGUUUCAUGUAUCAGGGAGAAGUUUCCCGGUUGACCUGAAGUAUAUCUCUUGUGACAGUGAGGCCAGCACAUCUGCUUGGGGUCCUAUUGCCCCUUAUGUGCAGGAGGUUGUCAAGACUUCGAAGGAGAUUCAUAGAUCUGAGAAAGAAGGAACUAUUCUGGCAUUUCUGACUUCUCAACAGGAAGUAGAAUGGGCAUGUGAAAAUUUCCAAGCUCCAUCUGCUGUUGCAUUGCCAUUGCACGGGAAGCUUUCUUUUGAGGAUCAGUUUCGUAUUUUCCAGGAGUUCCCUGGGAAAAGAAAGGUCAUAUUUGCCACUAAUCUCGCUGAGACAUCAUUGACAAUUCCAGGGGUGAAGUAUGUGGUUGAUUCUGGGAUGGUCAAGGAGAGCCGAUUUGAGUCUGGAAGUGGAAUGAGUAUGCUCAAAAUUUGCAGGAUCAGCCAAAGUUCUGCCAGGCAAAGAGCUGGUCGUGCUGGAAGAACUGGACCUGGGGUAUGUUAUAGACUAUAUACUGAGCAUGACUAUGAAUUGAUGUCUUUUAAUCAGGAGCCCGAGAUUCGCAGAGUUCAUCUUGGUAUUGCAGUCUUGAGGAUCCUUGCCCUUGGAAUCAAGAAUAUAAGUGAUUUUGACUUUGUUGAUGCGCCUAGUUAUCAAGCCGUUGAUAUGGCCAUCAGGAACCUUGUCCAAUUAGGUGCAAUCAGACAGAGUCGUGGGCGGUAUUAUGAACUAACAGAUGAAGGUCGCUAUUUUGUUAAACUUGGAAUUGAGCCCCGGCUUGGUAAGCUCAUCCUCAAUUGCUUUCGUCAUAACCUGGGUAAAGAAGGCCUUGCUCUUGCUGCUGUGAUGGCUAAUGCUAGUAGCAUAUUCUGUAGAGUUGGCAGUAAAGAUGAUAAGAUAAAAGCUGACUGUCUUAAGUUGCAGUUUUGCCAUAGCAGUGGUGACCUCUUCACUCUGCUCUCUGUUUUUAAGGAAUGGGAAGCUUUGCCCCGAGAUCAUAAAAGUAAAUGGUGCUGGGAUAACAGUAUCAAUGCCAAAUCCAUGCGAAGAUGCCAAGAUGCUGUUAAAGAAAUGGAAGAAUCCCUUAGGAGGGAACUCAACAUUAUUGUCCCAACACUUUGGCUUUGGAGUCCUCAUAAAUCUACAGAUCAUGAUAAACAUUUGAAAAAGGCGAUAGUUUCUGCUCUUGUGGAAAAUGUUGCCAUGUAUUCUGGAUAUGAUCAAGUGGGUUAUCAAGUGGCAAUGACUGGGCAAACUGUCCGGCUACACCCAUCCUGUUCGCUACAAAUGUUUGCUGAGAAGCCAAGUUGGGUUGUUUUUAGUGAACUCUUGUCAACGGCUUAUGAUUAUUUGGUCUGUGUUACUGCCUUUGAUUUUGAGUCCCUGCCUACUCUUGACCCUCCUCCAUUGUUUGAUUUUCAUAAUAUGGAGUGUCAGAAACUGCAAUCAAAGAAAGUGACUGGCUUUGGGAUGUUACUUCUCAAACGAUUUUGUGGAAAGUACAACAGCAAUGUGCAGUCUAUUGUCAAAUGUAGCCAGCAUGCCUGUUCGGAUGAACGAAUCGGUAUUGAGGUGAACGUUGAUCAAAAUGAGAUCCAGCUAUUUGCUACUUCAGAAAACAUGGACAAGUUGUGUAGUAUUGUAGAGGAAGCUGUGGAGUAUGAGCGGAGAGCAUUACGUAAUGAAUGCAUGGAAAGACGACUCUACCAUGGAGUUGGAUUUUCAUCGUCUGUAGCACUUCUAGGAGCUGGUGCUGAGAUCAAGCAUGUGGAGCUUGAAAAGAGAUCUCUGACUGUCGACAUAUUUCUUUCAAAGGAUUUGGUUGAUGAUAAAGAACUUUUGAUGUUUCUUGAGAAAUCUACAUGUGGUACAAUUUGUUCGGUCCAAAAGUUCUAUGGCAGCCAAGAAGCCGAUGACCAGCAGAAGUGGGGUAGGAUCACAUUCCUUUCUCCUUUAGCUGCUGAAAAGGCAUGUCUGCUUGAUGGAGUUGAAUUUGGUGGAUCCAUGCUGAAAAUCGUUCCUUCACCAACAAGCCUUGGGUCAGAUAAUAAACUACUUUCUUUCCCAGCUGUUACAGCAAAAGUUUCUUGGCCUCGUAGGUGGAGUAGAGGCAUUGCAUUUAUUAAAUGUCAUAUAGAUGAUGUUGGUUAUAUGCUUCAAGACUUCUCUAACCUACUGAUAGGAGGAAGAUAUAUCCGCUCUGCAGCUGACAGACUGAAGGUCGACGGUAUUGUUUUAACUGGAAUCGAUAAAGAGCUUUAUGAAGGUGAUAUUAUAGACAUAUUAAGGACUGCUACGGAGAGGAGAAUUUUGGAGUUCAAUUUGGUGAAAGGUGAUCCUGUGGAAGAUCCUCCUUCCACUAGUUUUUGUGAAGAAGCACUAAUGCGAGAGAUCUCUCCCUUUAUGCCUAAGAAGAAUCCAAAUAUUAGCUGUUGCAGAGUCCAAGUCUCUCAUCCUGAGCCAGAUGAUCGUUAUAUGAAAGCGUUGAUUAUCUUUGAUGGGAGAUUGCAUUUGGAGGCGGCUAAAGCUUUGGAGCAUCUGGAAGGGAAAGUGUUGUCGGGUUGUCUUCCUUGGCAGAAAAUAACAUGCCAGCAGCAUUUGCUUCACAGCUCUUAUCAAAAACAAAAGUUGUUUCACAGCUCAUUGACCUGUUGUGCAUCCGUUUAUUAUGCCAUAAGGAAGCAACUGGAUUCUGUGCUUGCAAGUUUCAGGCAUUGGAAUGGUGUGGAAUACAGACUGGAGAAAGUUGGGAAUGGUUCGUGGAGAGUAAAACUAUCUGCUAAUGCUACAAAGACCGUGGUGGAGCUCAGAAGACCACUGGAAGAACUGAUGAGAGGAAGAAUCUUAAACCACGACAGCCUUACUCUAACAGUCUUAAGGCAUCUAUUCUCUCCACCUGGUAUGAACUUGAUGCGAUCAAUACAGCAGGAGACACAAACCUAUAUUCUCUUCGACCGGCGUAACUUCAAUGUCAGAGUUUUUGGUUCUCCCCGUGACAUUGCUGCAGCUGAGACGAAACUGAUAAAUUCUCUUCUGCACUAUCACGAAAGCAAGCAGCUCAAAAUCCACAUGAAGGGUGAAGAAGGUCAACCUCCAGACUUGAUGAAGAAAGUUGUAGACAAGUUUGGUCCGGACCUGAAGGGAUUAAAAGCGAAGUUCCGGGAAUCAGAAUUUUUGCUGGACACACGGCAUCAUGUCAUUUCUAUUUCUGGCAACUCAUUAGAGGUGAAGGACAGAGUGGAAGAAAUGGUUAGAGAGAUCGCAAGCAGUGGUGACCAAUCAUCCUCCACUGACCAUACUUGCAGCAGUGAGCGCUGCUGCCCAAUAUGCUUGUGUGAAGUUGAGAAUGGUUACAGACUCGAAGGCUGCUCACAUUUAUUCUGCCAGUCCUGUUUAGUAGAGCAGUUCGAGUCAGCAAUGAGAAAUAUGGACAGUUUUCCAGUAUGUUGUGCCAAGGAAGGAUGCAGAAUGCCGAUAUUGGUCACAGAUUUGAGGUCUCUUUUAUCCAGUGAGAAGCUGGAAGACCUUUUUAGAGCUUCUUUGAGGUCGUUCGUAGCUUCGAGUGGUGGAAUUUACAGGUUCUGUCCUUCUCCCGACUGCCCUUCGAUCUACCGAGCAGUGGCUGAUUCUGCUGAGACGGGUGCUGCUGCUGCUGCUGCUGGCGAACCGUUCAUGUGCGAGGUGUGCUUUGCCGAGACAUGUACGAGGUGCCACGUGGAGUACCAUCCAGAAGUAUCGUGCGAGAAGUACAAGGAGUACAAGGAAGACCCCGACUUGUCGCUCAAGGAAUGGCGCAAGGGGAAGGAGGAAGCCGUCAAGAACUGCCCUGUGUGCUUUUAUACGAUCGAGAAGGUCGAUGGCUGUAAUCAUGUGGAGUGCCGGUGUGGGAGGCACGUAUGCUGGGCGUGUCUGGAGCAUUUUAGUUGCAGCCAAGAGUGCUAUGCCCAUCUCCAGUCAAACCACAUCGUGAUGUGAGCGAGCUGCAUCCAUUGUGGGGAGUUAUCAUCGUGUCUAAUCUAAUGUAGGUUUAUCAUUGCCUGGGUAGCGCGGUUUGUACAGGGGGAGAUUUAGUGUUGUAGGGAGUAAGAACUAAGAAUGUGAGUCGCAGAGUCGGCAUAAUAUAUAUAGAAGUAAGUAAUCACAGACCAGAGCAUGUUUGCUCAGUCAAACUGAAAAUGUAUGUAGCCACCAUAUAUAAGUGAUAGUAGAAUGUUUCCCCUUGGUCAAUCUUGAGCUUGAGAUGAAAUAGAACAAAAUGAACCUAAUCCAGAAUUGCAAAUUGUCACAAUCAACCAAGGGAUUGUCUGUAGAAUCAGUCAGUUAUUUCAACAAUACGUCAUUCGCCUCCAGUGAUUUUGCUGGAUUUCUAAAGAGGUAUAUGUAAUGUACAGUAAAAGCAAGUUGCAAAAUAGCUUCUCAUUAGUGAUUUAUAAAUUACAUGUAUGUUUCUGUAAAACUAGGGUUUAGUCUGAAAACCAGUAGGUGAAACCAAGCACAAUUCCGGCACCAAAACAGAAAGCAAUGGCGACCAACCACGGCAUUCUCUCCCCUGCAUCAUCAUCAUCAUCAUCAUCCCCACCACUAGUGCACCUGGAGCAGGACUUGGUGGCGCCAUCUUUCAGCUCUGCUUCGAGCUUGAGAAUAUGGGCCUCGAGCAGCCUGGCCCAUCGGCGAUACGCAGACAGCUGCAAGGACUGGCCCAACAAGGCAUUGGACAGGCAGUCCUUCUCCUUCCCCAGGCUGUCGGAUCUCUUCUCGGCUUCUCUGGCCCGCGUCUGCGACAAUCUGACCGCUCUCAGGAGCUCCAAUUUCUUCUCGCCCUCGUCGUCGUCGCCGACUUGUUCUCGCCGCCCCAUCAUCGCGAAAACGCGGUUCAUCGAGGAAACGACGAGCUCGUGAUCGGAGCCGUGGAAGAGCUUGGAAGGCGGAGGGAGAUCGCAGUUCUGGAUCAACUCCAUCCCACCACCACCGCCAGCUCCUGAUUUCGUAGUAGAGGGCAAGGAACCCAUCUGGCGGCCGGUUGCCCAUCCAGCAGCCAUGGUGAUCACAAAACCCAAAACAAAAAAAGGAGAGAAUGAAUGGAGGUUUCGGUAAUUGGCAGUUGGCCGGCGAGAAAGAAAGGAAGAGGGAGUUGGUUGGAAGGGAAGGGAAGAUUGUGGGGUUGGAUUGAUGUUCUUGCCUGGUGAGAUGGCGUUUGGAGAAAAAGAAAAUUGAUG